UACACGUAGAUGUACGCAGCUGAUUAAAACCGUCACCCGUUUCAUUAACACGGCGAGGUGAUCGCGUGAAUAUUUAUAAAGGAACGAAACGUUAGUGGCGCAGACGCUGCGGCAGGACGAGUGUCCGGCGCAGGCUGGGUGACGUCAUCAAGGCGGACCACCGCGUCUGUUUUCAUGGCUUUGGGCUGAAUCGGCCGCGUCGGUUUUUAGGUUUUAAAGGAAUGUGUGCAUAAGUGACUGAGCAUCUUAAAAACCCUGCGAAAUCCCUAACUUGACUGUUCACCAUGGCAAGCUCGACUGUGAAAUUUACGUGGUGUGCCUGCCGCAAUUACAAAAUCCAGUCCAAGGACACCCAUGACAAGUGUUUGCUUUGCCUGGGCAUUCAGCAUGCCAAGGAAGCCGUCCUGGAGUACGGAAAGUGCCCCCACUGUGCCAAGAUGGACUGGAGCACCUGCAUCAAACGUCUCACAAAGGUGCAGGAGGUGAUGCACCAGGAAACCCAGCAAAAGAAACAUGAAGCUGCUCAGAGUGGAGUUCAUCCCAAGCUUGAGCCAGUGACUCCACCUGCUGCCGUUACGGAAUCUAAACCGAUGAAGAUGGCACCUGCCACGCCGACAACGUCGCGGACGGAAAUGGCAGCGCCGGCUCCAUCAUCUUCAACGGUACCAGUGAUGUUCACGAUUCUCUCCCCUUCUCCGGGCUUAUCUGAACCGAACGCCGGCAUUGUUAAAGGCACGUACGUGUCACGAUUAGCCUUGCAGCACACGUCAGAACCAGCUCCAUCGGUGGAGCAGGCGAAUCCUCCACCAAUGCCUUCCACUUCCCACAAAAGGCACCAUUCCUCUAGGUGUCGCUCAUGCUGCAAGAGGCAUGGUAGCCGGGGCCGUGGACACAGGCGCAAACAUUCCCCAUCUUCAUCCUCAUCUUCAUCCUGGACCACUUCUGAUUCCUCAUGCGAAUCUGUCAAGGGCAAGAGGGCGCGGCGAGAAUCGCGGAGAUCCGCCAAGCUGGAAAGACAAAACGGGCGUCUGCUGGAGAUGGUGCAGCAGAAGCUGGAAGCCCAGCAGAGGGCCAUGCAAAUGCAGUGGAGCAUGCUGGAACGGAGGAUAGAUGUUCUGGAGAAGAAAGGUUCCUCAGCACUUACUGUUCCAGUUUGUCCAAAUGUUGUGGAAAUCUCUCAGGCGUUCAGCUUGUCCCACGUGGAUCGAGGAGAACAGACCGUUUCGAAUGUCGAUUCCAUGGUGACUGGAUCCAUUGACCCAUCGGUCGUAGUGAAACAAGAAGAAAGCCCGGUAGGUGUCUCUUGCGGUUUAAGGUCAGGUUUGUUACUUGAAGGCGAAGGAGAGACUGAUUCUCAGCCGUCUGUGAGCGAUUUGCCAACACAAGAGGUUCUCGGAUCCAAAGAGCUGCAGAAUCUCAUAAGCCGUGCGGCCAAACACUUGGGUAUCGAAAUUCCCGCGUCACCAAACUGCUCUGACCCACCUCUUCCAACCAUGGUGCCGGAGUUUGAAGAUUUCGUACAAAUCACAUGGUCCAACCCAGCAAGCUCGAAACCCUUCAGACCAAUCUUCGCAGAGUUAUAUAAGCUUCACGAAUGCCAGUCUCCAGCUUAUGACCAUAUGCCUCAGAUCAACGGGUUCAUGUCAGCCAUCUUUCAAGCGGUCAGGCCCUCUGAGAACAAGGAACACUCCAUUCCUCCUGAACACUGGAAGUUCACCGAAGCUCUCGUGGAAAAGGCCUACCAGACGGCGGGCAUGCUAGCCAAGACGGCGAACUAUCUACGAUACAUGACAGACUAUCAAAAGCGUCUUUUGGAGGAGAUCUCGGAAGAACAGCCUUCCCAAAGGCUUCCAACCAUUCUCAGUGAGCUGAAACUCAUCGGACAGUUUACCUUCCAGCUUUCCUCGCAUCAGGCGGAGCUUUCCGGAAGGAUCAUGGCAGCAUCCGUGGCUGUUAGACGACAGAUUUGGAUGGCCAAGACCAACUACACGGAUUCCCUCAAAGCGACAGUUGCUGAUCUUCCGUUUGUGGUGGGCCAUUCAGUUGGGGAGAACUCUGCGUCUAGCUCAGGUGAUGCGAUGUGCAGGCAGGAGACGUGAAGAUAUGCUCGUUCUCAGAAAAAAAAGCUGCUAUAUUUGAAAGACUUGAGUUAUGUGAUUGCUAUUGUGAUUUAAAUGUAAGUCUUGGUGUUGUCAGCUUCUUCAGGGUAUCUCUCCACUGCGCUAAAGAGUGAAUUAAUGCCAGCAAGGGUUGUCGAACCAACCGUGAGCGCUGCUGGACUCAAACUGGCAUGUUAACAUCCACAGCAACAUUUCUUUCACUCUAUCAUUCCAUCCAGCCUCUGCUCAUUGAUGGAGAAACAGGUAUUCAGUAUUAUUCACUGAAGCUGUUUAUAGUUGGAGGAUUAAGUAUAAGUAUUUGUCGCUGUCCAAUGAAAAACGUGUCCCUCCAAUUUUUUGCGAUUUUUACUUUUCUGCGUCAUUUGAGCUCAACAGUUCUCCUUUACAUCAUGUGAAAAUUUCAUGAUGAUUGGACCAAUAGAAAUGCUCCAAAAUUGCAUGGAAUAAAAUCUCUUGCAUUGAAAGUAUGGAAGGUUUUUGCCAUCUCCUGUAAAGUUACUAUUUUGGAGAUGCUUGUUUUUCUUUGGACAGCGAUGAUGUAUUAAUUGUAACAGGCAGAAUCAUCAAGUAAGCAUUACUGGAGGCAGUUUUCACAUAUAGAACUUAAGCCCACACUUAAAACACUAAGGAGGCUUUUCUGGGACAUACACUGCUGUUCAAAAGACAAGAGACCAACAUUAUUUUAUUUAUUUUCUAGUCAGAGUCGCAGUUUUAUUAGGAAUUCUUGUUACUAGUUAUGAAGUUUUCAGGAAACAUUUCUAAGGAGGUUGAAUAGAAGAUAAUCCACUUCUGUAAUGAAGAGGACAGUCAAACGAAAACAGGUGGAAAAAUGGAAAUGAUUAAAAGUGAUUUUUAACAUAAAAUUAAAAAAAAAAAAAAAAAGGGCACUCCUAACAUCUAU